GAUCAAAACUGACUCGCUGUUUGACACACGUUCGCCCCCUUGGUUGGGGCCGUGCAUUUCUGGAGUACAAUCUGUUUAUUCGUGUAUGCAUUGAAAGGGUUAGUAUUCUAAAGAGAGCAUUUGGCCAUUCUCAGGAGACGAACCGAGGUUGACGGUCCCUUGUUUCCUACGUGCCUGCAUUCUCAUUAUAGUUUGCUUGGAAAAGUAAGAUGGGAAGCAGAACGUCAACCGGCACCUGGGCCAGCAACUUGCUUAAAUACGCCCUUGCGUGAGCCGCGCGGUGGGCUCUCCUGGAGCACAAUGGCAGUGGUGGUAUGCAGUCCUGCAGAUAUGCAGCAGGUGACAGGAGAAGCAGCUGGCGGGCCAGGCAUGGCCGAGCUUGGGGUGCUUCCUCGCGCCAUGCUUCCUCGCUCGGCGUCCCUAUCAAUCUUGAACAAAAUCCAGCCGUGGGGCAACAACAAGAGCGCUCGCCUGCGGGCAGCGCUCGGCCUGACAGGGCCUCAAACGGCCACGGCCUUCGCCAUCGACACCACGGCCGUAGCAGCUGCGGCCGCGGACCCCCUCGCCGCGACCGGCGCGCGUGCUCUGGGCCGCUCGGUAGCAAGCGCCAAGGAGUCCUGGCCCGGCCUGUCGCCUGCCCCGAGCCCAGGCAUGCCGCUGAGUGACGACGGCGCCGCCGGGUGCUACGCCUCGCCUCUGAAAGCUUGGACCGCGUCCGCCGCGCUCUUAGAGGAGGCCGACGGCGAGGGGGAUGAGCAGGACGAGGACGACGCCGGCUCCGACGACGCCGGCGAGCCCGGAGCUGCCGGCAGCUGCCCGUCCGAAGGCGAACAGGCGCCAACAGGUGCUGGCGGCGGCGGCGGCUGUGGCGGUGGCGGCGCGGCCAGCGGCGUCCUGGGGUUGGGCAGGCCUGGCGGGCGCCCGCCCAUGCCGCCAGGCCACAGCAGCGCGCGACCCGGCCGCAGCCCGGCGCGCGCCCGCGACACCGCAGCCGGGCCAUUCCAGCAGCAAUAUCAGCAACAACAACAGCAGCAACUGCAACAUCAGCAGCAACAACAGCAGCAACUGCAACAGCAACAGCAGCAGCAGCCCGCAGCGCCUCGCGAGCCGCUGUACCCGAGCUGGGCCGCGUCAGCCGCGUCCCGACGGAGCGCCCUAGCGGCCGGCGGCGGCAGCGUGCGCGGCUGGGUGCCGGCACACCUGGCCGCUGCCGCGGGCGGCGCGCCGCCGCCGCCGUCGUCGUUGGGGGCCGCUUCCGGUGGCUCGGCGGGCGGCUCGCGCUGCGGCUCGCCGCCGCCGCCUGGGAGCCCCGCAGAGGGCGCGGACGGGGCGGAGGGCGGUGGGGGCGGCGGCGCAGACUGGGGCGGGAUGGGAGGGCCCGCGAGCGGGAGGUCCAGCCGGGUGGGCUCGGGGCACUUGCGGCCUGGGCCUGGGUCUGCGGCGUACGCGGCGGCGGCGGCGGCGGCAGGGCUGACGCCAGUCAACAGCUCAGCCAACAUACCGUCCGCGUUUGCGGCCGCGCUGGCGGCGUCCGCUGCUGGUGCGGCCGCCGGCCCGGCGCAGCACUUCCAGCUGCACCCGCGGACAGGCGCGGGCGGCGGCAGCGGCGGUGGCGGUCAUACCGGUGGAUUUGGCAGGCUUGGCGGCGGCGGGGGUGAGGGCGUGGACCGGGACGGCGACGGCGGCAGCGGCAGUGACGCGUCCACGCCGCGUCUGACGGGCAGCGGCAUGGGCGGCCUGCUUCGGGCCAGCCGCAUGCAGGGCUAUGUCACAGCCGUGGCCAAUCCCGCCUACACGGCAGCAGCGACAGCAGCAGCGGCGGCAGCCGCCGCCGCCGCCGCCGCUGCCACCUCCACCUCCGCCACGCCUUUCAGCCCAAGCGCGGCUGGCGGCGGCGGCGGCGGUGGCGGCUCUAUUUGGGAGACCAGCCGUCGGCAGCGCGCGUCGCCGGCGCCGCUGGUUGUGGAUGUGAGCGACGCGGCGGCGGCGGCGGCGGCGGCGGGGGCGGGGUCGGGAGCAAUGGGCAGCGGGCUGUCGGGGCCGUUGCUGCCGGUGCCGGCGGUCUCGGCCCUGGCUUCACCAUCGUCGGGGCCCGCAGGCGGCGGCGGCGGCGGCGCACUGCGGCCCAGCAUGGCGCAGCAGCGCGACGCGCCGCGGUGGACGUCGCCGCCGCCGCCGGCGGUGGCGGCGGCGGUGGUGGCGGCGGGGCUGGCGGCGCCGGCCGGGCCCGGCGGCGCGGGCGCGGGCGCGGCGGGCUACCACACCCCCUACCAUGCCUACCUGCACCCUAGCAUGGACCCACAGGCCCUGGCGCAGGUGCAGGCACACGCGCAGGCGGUGGCGGCGGCGGCCGCCGUGCUGCGGCUGACGGCCAGCGGCGGCCCCGGCGGCCCGUUCUGGCCCGGCCUGCCGCUGGGCGGUGGCGGUGCAGGCGCGGCGGCUGGUCCCGGCGGCAUGGGCGCUGGAGGCGGCGGUGGUGGAGGCGGCGGGGCGGGAGGCUCGGCAGGGCCGCAGGGUCAGGGUCAGGGGCAGGGGCAGGUGCCUACGGGCCAUCGCAACAGCCAACACGGCGCGCACCACCACGGCCACCGUGGGGGGCACCAUGUGGGUCAGGGCGGGCAGCACGCCGCCUCCAAUCCAAGUAACGCACCGGCACCUGCACAGCACCAUCAGCACCAACAGCACCAACAGCAACAGCUCCAACAGCAACAGCAGCAGACGCACCACCACCACGGCAGGGCCGGGGGCGCAGGAGGAGGCGGCGGCGGUCGGCAGCGACGGCAGAGCCUUACAGAAUUUGGGAAUGUCCGGGCACAGCUGCAGCACAGGUCCGCGGAUGGCGAGGCUGUAGCACCGCCUGGGACCGGCAGUAGCGCAUCGCAGUCUGGUGCUGCUACCGCAGUAGCAGCCGUGGGCAUCGUGGGCGUCAGUGGCGCGGCGGCGCCGUCAGGCGCCGGCGGCGGCAGCGGCCGGGUGGGCCGCGGCAUCGGCGCCAGCGGCGGCGCGGCGUCGGCGCCUGCCGGGGAGAUCUCGGUGCAUGCGAGUGCGCCGCUGCCCGGCGGGACCCUGGCGGCGCUGGUGCUGUCCGCCGCUGGCGGGCAGGAGGCGGCGGCGGGGGCCGCGGGCGGCGGCGCGGCCGGCGGCACUGCGGGCGGCGCGGCGGCGUUCGUGUCCGCCAGCUGUGACCUCGGCGCCCUGGCGUUGCAGGCCGCCGCCGCGGCGGGGGCGCGGGAGGACCUGGGCACAUCGGUCUUGGUUGGCAGCGGGGCCGGGGGUGGCGGUGGGGGCGGGGCCGGGGGCGGGGGCGGCGGCAGCGACAGGCCCACUGGCUUCUCGCUGGGCGCGUCGUCGGGGCCAGGCAGCACCAGCGGCCGCCGCGUGCUGGCUGGCGGAACCGCUGCCGCCGCGGCGCUCGCCGUCGCUGCAGUGGGCGGUAGCGGCGGCGGCGGCGGCGGCGGCGGCCCGGGGCGCGUUUGCCACAGCGCUCGCGGCGGCGGAGCGAGCAUGGCGGGCGGCGGCGGCGGCGGGGCCUCGUCCACGGGCGUCCUCAGCAGCCCCACUUCGUGGCUGAACGGAGGAGUGAGCCUGCUGCAGGCGCUGGCGUCGGGUGGCGAGGGCGCCGCCCGCCGCGCGUCAGGCGUCCUCCACGGCGGCGGCUUGCUGAGUGGUGCCGGCAGCGGCGGCGGCGGCGGCAGUGGCGGCGGCGGCGGCGGCGCUGGUGGUGGUGCGGCGGGGUCGUUCUUGAGUAUGGCCCCCCGGGGCGGCGGGCACAGCGUCUCACGGGGGCAUGUCGGGCGAGGCAGCAGGGUGCACUAGAGGCCUGCAGCAGGUCUCGCUUUCAUUACAGUGGCUGCUUCGCUCACGCUUCUCCACCAUUGACUUUACUGGGGUAGGCGGAGCUAGCGGAGACAGCACGAUGUGCGUUGACUUGCUAGUCGUUUUUUGGCAACAGUACCAACGGAUGAUGGCACGUGCCGUUUUGGCCUGCAAGAGGCCCUCCACCAAAUGUGACUAAUGGAUUCACGCAGCAAGGCAGGACGCAUUUGUAGGCCGAAUAGGUCCUUGAGGAGGUUACUGUUGGCUGGAAAGCUGGAAGAGGCUGCUGCGCGCGGUCUAAUGAACUUGGCUUGGUGGAAGAUUCGUCGCUAACUUUUAUGGCGUUUGGUUCAUUGCAGGGCUCAAGGAGCUCUUUCUAUGCAUUUUCUAGAACUGAGUGGCUAGGGUAGCUGGUCUUUGUAUGGUUGCACAUUCCCAACGUGUCAAGCCAAGGACUGAUGCAAGAAUCAGUGUGGGCGGGGAGCUGAUAUCCCGUCGCGGCUUUCCAUAGCGGAGUGCUCGCUCGACUGUAAUCGUAUGGUGAGAUAGUGGAAGGGCGGCGUUGCCAGCCGAGUGUGUGUUGGAAGGUACCGGUAUGCCGUGUGUGUGUCGCGGCUGUAGAUGACGCUACCCACCCAAAGUUGACCGCCCUCGCCCGCGUGCUGAGCGCCCAGCGGAAACGGCCUGUUAUACUUUCGGUGGUCGCGCCGUCGCCACGACCAAGCCGCACGAUGGCAGCCGCCGAGUCACAAUCAAAUCGGUGACAGAAGCGUCAUAGUCAGUGUCAGGCACCUUCUUAACCACGCGCAGCCGCUGAAAAGUCCGCUCCCUGCGCCACUGGUCGUGAAUUACCUGGAGCUCACAGCCAGGGUGUGCUGCUCGCUGCGCCCAGCCAAUGCUGCCGUUCUAUCGUGUGCUGUUGAGAAUGCACACUGUUGACGAGACAGCGCCGCGUUGUGGCAAGAGGUGCGUCGCAGGGUCACGGAGGCGGAGGCGUGGCAUGGCACGGCAUCAUGUUGGGGAGGGGAGCGCAUCCCUGCCUGGGGGGUCGAGCAACCAGCCGUCCGUGUACCGGACAGUCAUUUGAGACCUAGGACAAGCAAGAGCAGAGGGGAUGAAAGACGAGCUCCCGUUGUGAUGGCUGUAAUCCCGACACGCA